GCCCCUGGGUUCCGCUUUUCAGUUGCCUUCCAGACGAGCGCUCUCGCUGUCGUGUGUUCUCGAUCGCGAGAAAUCGAAACAGAAGUCGCAUUCAGAUAAUACCACUGGAUCUCCCCGAUAUAUGGAGAUAUGGUGAAACUCUGCGAUCCAAUCGGAAAAUCCCAGCGCGCGUCUCUAUACGACUUAAGAUCAGUGGCCGAUCCACAGAUGGUUUGAGGUCCAUAAAAGCGCAGGCCUCUCGCGUUUUUCGUGUCACUCAAAGCCGGUCCUCAGAGCCGAAAAGUUCAAGAACAAGACUUGGGACCAACCAACUUGGAUAAGCAAAAACAUCCAAGAUUAUAAACCGAAUUAAAAUCAAAAUCAGGGGCUUUCAUCGGCACCCCAUCCGAAAACGGUUCCACUAAAGCGGCGAGAGCGAAACUAAAGUGAAAAGCAAACCGACUAAUUGAAGUGUCUGUCUGUGUCUCGCAAACGUGCUAAGGAAACAAACAAAACGGAAUAGGCAACAUAUCACAAAGAGCCACCGCACAAAAUAUUUAUAAAUAAAUACCCACCGACGACAACUACGGCAACAGUAACAUCAGCUACCAAUAUAAAAGCCUGGCAUUAACAUUUAGUCGUGCCAGUUUGUUUAUUCUUUAUAUACGCAAAGCCCAUAAAAAACACAGAUCAACAACAAUAUAUCAACAACAACAACGGCGGUAUAAAAUACAAAGUUGUAGCAAUAAGAAAAUUGGUAUUAGCCUCCACUGAUCCGUCAAUCUCCUGCUGUAUUUUUAUCCCCGACGCAGACGGUCACCGUCCAUAGAACAUUUCUAACUAAAUACCCACCUGAUUAACCUCAAGAUGAUGAUGAUGACGCCUAUGUGGUUAACGCUGCUCAAAGUCCUCGUGAUAUUUCUUGCCUUAUUUACCUCGAUAGUUUAUAUCAAUAUCGAAAUAAUGAAGCGUCAAGAGGCCGAGUUGAAGGCAGCGAAAGCAGAGGCAGACUAUAAGGCCCUUUUUGAUUGCACGAUGAAAUCGGAGUCCGGAAGGUCAGGAUGUUACCAUUUGCAGUACGAGGCCAAGGAUUAUGAUGGUAUCAUCAAAGAACUAUUUAAAUUUACCACUGAUGAAGGAGUUGUACUUUUUAAUACAACGACCGCGGACAGUGCAUCCUUCAUGCCCAUACCCACCCAGCGGGGCGGUACGUCCCAGGGUCUGAACCGCAAUCAGAAACACAAUCAGAAUCAGUCCCCGAUCCCCGAUCCGAACCGCCAUUACCAUCAGUAUCACAGCCUGAGCCAGUCAGAUCAAGAUCAAUACUUCAAAAAUGUGAGUGCCGAGGUGCAGUCGGACCAGCCCCAGCAUCUCCAGCGACACCCAUCGGACACCUUUAUCUUCCCCGAUUCCCCCCUAGCCACCCAUCGGCCGCCCCUGACACCACCUCAGCCCCUGAACAAUACACUGAGCCCUUGCCGAAAUAAUAGCAGCGAUCAGUUGAAGACCUUUUGCACGGAAGUGGACGACUAUCCCAAUCUGUCAAAGUUCAAAGCCAAGCUGGAGCAAACGUACGCCAAGUUCUUCAUGACCAAUAUCCAGCCCACGGAUGUGAGCUCUCGCGUGGGUGGUGACCCCGCCGAUAUGUACCUCUGCAAGAGCAACAGCAGGGUUAUUUUUCCGAAGUUGGGCCAAAAGACGGACAACACCUGGGAGUUGAUCGUCAAUGAUGAGGAACACAAGCAGGGCAUACUGAUCGAGGAGUGCCUGGGAGCUGAUAAACCCUGUGAUUUUGCCAGCAACUUUCCGAACCAUUAUCAAGCGACCUGCAAGCAGCACUAUAUACAGCAGACCAUGGUCAGUAUUCAGGGUGACGACGUGGGUCAGGCGCCCUUUAGGUUUCCCUCCUGCUGCAAGUGCGCCCUGAAAAUCGUGUGAAUCUGCAGACUGGGGGUUCUCCAGUCGAAUGUUGCGUAAAUGUGAUUUUGAGCCUCAAGUUGCACCCAUCACAUAGAAUGGCAGGCCAAACUAUCCAGGGGUCGUUGAAUUAUUUUAUAAUCUGUACUUUUGUAGUUCUCCCACGCGCACACAAAAUACAUUUGUAAUUUGCUCUCGAGUGCAGAAUCCACACAUAGACUAAUGUGCAUAUUAAUUAAGAGUUUUAAAUCGAGUCACUGUAAACAUAUUCGUGUCAUACAUUCGUUUUUGGCUUCCUCGUCUAAUGUCUAAGCUAGAAAUGCAUGCAAUUAAUUAGUCCUAGAAUAUAAAAAUACCAACAAAAAAAUAAAAAAAAUAUCCAUAAAAUGUAUGUUAAAAGAAAGAUAAUGUAUAAUAAAUGUAUGCAAGUACAUGA